GUUUGUGCACUCAGGAGCCCACUGGCUUCUAGUGUGGAAACUGUCAGGAGAGUACAGCCAUUUUGCUUGAGAUGAGCUCUGAACCAGGAGAUGACUUUUAUCAGUCGGAGGAAGACCUGGAUGAGGAUGAGGCAACACAAUAUAUAAUUGAACAGAGUCUGAUUCAGUAUAGGAAACUCAAGGGGCUGAAUCCCAGUGAUCUGAAGCCCAGCAAAGACCCUGAUGAGAUUUUCAAAGCUAUCAAGGAUGGGGAUGAGGUUCUGCUGAAUAGACUAACAGCGCAACCUGAGACUCUGUCUAGAGUUGAUGAGCGAGGAUGGAUUCCACUGCAUGAGGCUGCGGUGAAGGAUAACAAAAAAGUACUAGAGAUGAUCUUUUCAGCAUCACCCCCGGGAGCAGCUCAGUGUCGCACUCUGAAGGGUGAGACACCUCUCUUUCUAGCUGUGGUCCAUGGGUUGAGACAGAGCGCCACAUUCCUGUUACAGAAUGGUUGUAGCCCAGAUGUUCAAAAUGAUGAGCAGGACUCUCCAUUGGUGGCCGCUAUUCUGAAUGACCAGUAUGACUUGGCCACACUUCUGCUUCGGUACAAUGCCAUUGUAGACCAAACAGGACCACUAAACAGGACCGCUCUACAUGAGUCUGCGUUUUUAGGUUUGGAGAACUUUGUGUAUCUGCUGUUGGAGUCAGGUGCCAACCCAAAUGCUCUUGAUAUUAAAAAGAAAACUCCACUUGCAUUUGCUGCACAGAAUGGACAUCUGAAUGUGGUGGAGACUUUGUUGGAAAAAGGAGCCCAUGUGAGGUCAGAGUCGGAGUCUGGCACUGUGUUAUUUGAUGCAGCAGCAUCAGGAAACCCUGAUAUUAUCUCCUUGCUCCUGGACCAUGGAGCAGAUCCCAACCUUCCUCUUUACAGUGGGCACCUGCCGAUUCACCGUGUGGCAUACCAUGGACACAGACUGGCACUGGAAGUUCUUAUGCCAGUCACCCAGCUACAGGCUGUCAAAGAAAGUGGAAUGAGUCCAAUUCACUCUGCUGCUGCUGGGGGACAUGCCCAGUGUUUAGAGAUUCUGCUCAAAGCUGGCUAUGACCCAAACGUCAUGCUGCACCCGAGGGUGCGCCGCAGUUACGAUGAUGAGCGCAGGUCUGCCCUCUUUUUUGCCGUGUCCAACAAUGACCUUCACUGCGUCCGCAUACUGCUAGAGGCCGGAGCGAUGGUGAAUCAGGAUCCUGUCAACUGUCUGCAGGUGGCCCUCAGACAGGGCAACUAUGAACUCAUCAACACCUUGCUGAAAUACGGAGCAAAUGUCAACUACUACUCCCGAGUAAACACCACUCACUUCCCCACAGCCCUGCAGUACGCUUUGAAGGAUGGGGUCAUGCUAAGGAUGAUUCUGAACAAUGGGUACGAUGUUAAGCGCUGCUUUGACUGUCCAUACGGUGACAGUUCUCAUGACUACGCUCCUUGGACAGCCUCAGUCAUCAAAGAUAUGGUGUUCUGUGAGGUUAUAACAGUGUCAUGGCUGAAGCCUUUAUCUGGUCAGGUGGUGCGCAUCAUGCUGGACUACACUGACCAUGUCUCCUUCUGCCCUAAACUGAAAGAGACUUUGCAGCAGCAGAUGCAAUGGCCGGAAAUCUGUCAAAUUCUAAGAAGCACACGGAGCCUCAAGCACCUGUGUCGGUUGAGAAUAAGGGAGCACCUCAGCCGCCUGCGCUUGAGAGCCCCAGUUUUUAUCAACUUCCUUCCUCUUCCUCUCAGACUUAAAGACUAUCUACGUUUUAAAGAGUUUGAUGUUUACAGCAGGGGGAGCAUGGUUAACCCCUGAAGAAACAACGUCAAAUUUGUUUCCGACAUAAGACAUAAUAAAUUCCUGUUACAUUUCUGUUAUAUGUUACCAUUAUCUGAAAAUUUAAUUUGGUUGUUUUUGUUUUCGGGUAUCAUUUGCAUAAAGCUACAGGUGAAGUUUUUUUUUUAAUACCUUGUAGAACGAUUUAUUCCUGUUCAUAUAGACUGUUUUGGCUAGGGUGUUUUAAAGAUAAAAAAAAUGAACAAUGGUUAACAAUGAAUAAGAUGUGUAUGAAGUGAAAAACGCUACAUCUAUAGCACUACUCUGUGGUGGAAAGAAGAACUGCAAUAAUUAAAAUAAUUUUAAAACA